CCAUUUUCUCCCUCCCUCUCGAGGUCUCACUUGCCGCCGGAAAACUGCUAUCAAACAAACUAAAGAAAAGACUCCCUCCUUGCAGCUAAAAUCACCUAUAUCUUUCCCAAGCUUUCCAUCUGUUCUUCUCUGUUUCACCUUUUCUUUUACCUUCACUCAGUUCACAAGGAAGAAACUCAACCGCAAACUUCAAUUCAUUGUUUUACAUAAGUAAGCUAAGAUGCCUUCGAAGACGAAAAAGCACACAAAGACUCCUUCAAGGCUCUCGAAUUCCGAACAGUCUGCGUCUCCCAGGACGCCGUCAUCGGCACCGUGUCCUGAUAACGAAGCUAGCGAAGAAGAUUAUCAGAGCUUCAUUGAAGAGGCUUCAAGGCUAUAUCCGUCUUUGAUUGGGAAGUCUGCCUUCGUUGGGAAAGUGACCGGAGUUGAGUCUGAAUCCAGGGGCUGUAAGCUCUGGCUUUCCGAAACUUCGAUGGUUGCUUGCUCCCUCGCUCCUGGUUCCAUUGUGUCGGUCUCACUUGCUGCUUCAGAGAAGAGAUCUUCAGGCUGCUUUCCUCUUGGCUCUGUAACAGAUGAAUAUGCUAGACAUUUUGGGGUUGAUUCUGAAAAUGAGACUUUUAAUGAAGUGGGGAACUACUUUGCUCUUGCAACAGUUUUUCCUUCUUGUAAGGUUUCGAAGAAUUUGGUGCAGUUUUCUUUAAAUCUUUCUUAUGCAUUGGGGUGUCCUGCUUCCGGCAAGGUUGUCUUUGUUUACCCGGUGCAAAGACCAUCCUUACUUAAUCUUGCAAGUGGGAGGAAUCUACAGUUUGACACUAGAGUUGGCCCUUUUUCAUUCCUUGACUGUAAGGAAUUGUAUUUGGAGUUGUCUCCUUUACAGAGUAAAGAAAAAAUGAACCGCAAUCUGUUAUCUAGAGUGAAAUUUUCUGCAGAAAAGUCUCAUGAUGUUCUCGGAAUUGGAAUGAGUUCAACUCCUGAGACACCAAAGUCUGUGUUUCCUAAUGCAGAAAAGUCUCAAGGAUCAGUUUCCAAUUUACCCAAACAAAAGAGCUCUUCUGUUGAUUUAUAUGAUGUUAUAGAGGUAUUAAAGGAUGAAAGUGCUAAACAACUUCUGCAGACAUGUGCUACUUCAUGGUUGCGUUCUCGUAUUUUACUUCAUGGAAAUUACGUGGCAAUACCAGUACUCUCAGAGCUUUGCGUUUUUCGUGUCAAGGGUGCUGAUAAAUUGUCAGCAGAUAGUAUUAAUCAAGAUUUGAUGAAUGGAGAGAGUCAAAGCCUGCGUCCGCCAAUUCAAGGAUUAGUGGACUCUGUGAUUGAUGCAUUUGUUGUGAAAGGAGAAACAAAAGUAUAUUUGUCUCAACCACCGAAUGCAGUAUCUGAAACUUCACAAAAAGAGGAUUUCCCACGUGUUAAGCUCGAUCUUGGAGAUGUGGAAAUCAAUGUGCAACAUGCUAUUCCAAAACUGGGUGGUCUAUCAAAAGAAUUUGCAGUGCUGAAGGAUAUAAUUAUUUCCUCUGCCAUGAAGGAUGCCCUGUCAAGUCUUGGUCUACGAACUACAAAGGGAGUCCUUCUUCAUGGUCCCCCAGGAACUGGAAAGACUACCUUGGCUCGAUUCUGUGCCCAUGAAGCUGGCAUCAAAAUUUUCUCCAUGAACGGACCUGAGAUUGUCAGUCAGUAUUAUGGUGAAAGUGAGCAAGCACUUCAUGAAAUUUUCAGUUCAGCUAGCCAAGCUGCACCUGCUGUGGUAUUCAUUGACGAGUUAGAUGCCAUUGCACCUGCAAGAAAUGGAGGCGAAGAACUAUCUCAAAGACUGGUUGCUACUUUGUUAAACUUGAUGGAUGGGAUAAGCAGAACUGAUGGAUUGCUUGUUAUUGCUGCCACCAACAGGCCUGAUAGUAUUGAACCUGCACUUAGACGACCUGGAAGGUUCGACAGGGAAAUCGAGAUAGGUGUACCAUCUCCCAAGCAACGGUUGUCUAUAUUACACACUAUUCUCAAUGAAAUGGAUCAUUCUCUUUCAGACCAACAAAUUCUACACCUAGCUAUGACUACACAUGGUUUUGUGGGUGCUGAUCUAACUGCCCUCUGUAAUGAAGCAGCCUUGGUUUGUCUUAGACGUUAUGCUAAAUAUAAAGAUUCCUUUGUUGACUUCCACUCUAGUACGGUACUUACUGCUGAUAGCAUAUCGGAGAGAUCUGCUUUCUCAACAAAUCUAAGAGAAAUUGCGAGAGAAUGUUCAGAUUCUGCAUCCUCAUGUGUAACAGAUUUGCAUGUUUCCUCAGGGAUUCCACCAUCAGCUCACUUGAAAGGAUUAAAUUCACAAACUUCAAAUUCAAAUUGUCUUGAUUCUAGUUCUGAACAGAUGCUUUUUGUGGAAGAAGAGUGUGCCCUUGAAGUGGUUUUUGAGGAUUUUGAAAAGGCCAGGAUGAAAAUACGACCUAGUGCAAUGCGAGAGGUAAUACUUGAGAUACCUAAGGUAACCUGGGAAGAUGUUGGUGGCCAGAAAGAGGUCAAAACUCAAUUAAUGGAAGCUGUAGAAUGGCCUCAGAAGCAUCAGGAUGCAUUCAAACGGAUUGGAACACGCCCACCAACAGGGUUGUUGAUGUUUGGUCCUCCUGGUUGUAGUAAAACCCUUAUGGCUCGUGCAGUAGCUUCUGAAGCAGGGUUGAAUUUCCUUGCAGUCAAGGGUCCUGAGCUUUUUAGCAAAUGGGUUGGUGAAUCUGAGAAGGCUGUUAGAUCCCUCUUUGCAAAGGCCAGGGCCAAUGCUCCUUCAAUCAUAUUUUUUGAUGAAAUUGAUGGUCUUGCUGUAAUUCGUGGAAAGGAAAGUGAUGGAGUUUCAGUUUCUGAUAGGGUUAUGAGUCAACUUCUUGUUGAAUUAGAUGGUCUGCAUCAAAGAGUUGAUGUUACUGUUAUUGCUGCCACAAAUAGGCCAGACAAAAUAGAUCAGGCCCUUUUAAGACCUGGACGCUUUGAUCGGCUGUUAUACGUAGGACCUCCUAAUAAGAGUGGCCGGGAAGACAUUUUCCGCAUCCAUUUGCGCAAAAUUCCAUGUUGCUCUGAUGUGAACUUAAAAGAACUUGCUUCUCUUACUGAAGGCUAUACUGGUGCUGAUAUAUCAUUGAUCUGUCGGGAGGCAGGUAUUGCGGCUAUUGAGGAAAGCCUGGAUGCUCAGGAAAUAACCAUGCGACACUUAAAGACUGCAAUCGGACAAGUACAGCCAUCAGGGGUUCAGUCUUAUCAAAAGUUGUGUGCUAAAUUUCAAAGGUUCGUCUCCUCUGGUGCUGAAAGAGACAUAUUAGAACGUGAAAGCUGCUCAAGUAGAAGCAAAUGGUUUCCAGUCUGGACAUUAAUUAAAUCUGUCACACAGCUUCUCUACCACUUAGCAGCGGCAUUUUCCCGCUCAAAAUCUUAAAGUAGGUACCUGUGAUGUUGCCACUAGUCAUCAUUUUCUAAAGGCUCCAGCUCCAUGCUAUUGAGUUUAGAAUACCACGUUGAAUUGUCGAACAUGCUCCAAGUGACGAGACAUCUGCUCUGCACGUCUUUACUCAGCUGGGAUCCUGUAUAUUUUCAAUUAAAAAAAAGCUGGGAUCCUGUAAAAAUGAGAUGGCAGUUUCAGGCUUAGAGGUUUCUCUGUCUACAUAAAGCUGCAAGUGUUGAGUUCCAAUUCGAGUGAAGGAGAGAACCUAGUAAGUGCAAAGAUGGGACCAGAUGGCUUCAAGAUGUGCAGAGAGUUCUUUUCCAGUGGCAGGGACAGCAGAAUGCCAACGUUGCCUCUUCUUGGCCUACCAAGAGUAUUAUCUACUCUUUUUUAAUUCAGGUGGAUGGAUUUGCCGUUGCUUGUUCAUGGCUUAUCAAGAGUAUUAUCUACUCUUUUUUAUUUCAGGUGGAUGGAUUUGUGCGACAGAAGGAAUGCCUGAUUGUAUCAUUAUGAUCCCUAUCAGUAUUCACUUUUUUUGCCUUUUUUUUUUUUUUACUGGAGGCUGUGAUAGGUUAUGAAAUAUCUUGAAGAACAUCUCUUUCUCAAAAUAUAGCUAAAAGUCUGAAUGGAGUAAAUUGUCUUCUGUUCAA